CACCUGGCCGUCGGCGGCGCUAGUGCGCUCACCUGAGCGCAAGCAAUUAAACUUAACAGCAACUUGACCAUUUGGUGAGUGUUGAGUGCGAAGAACGUUACCCUAACCCGGAUCAGAUGAAGUGUUAAGUGUGCCGAGACCGUGUGCAGUGCCCAACCCCUCAUUAUGCACAGGAUAGCCCAGAGGCUAUAGCCCACAGCCCAGCAGAAACGUUGAUGCGUCACCACCAUGGUUAUAGUGACACGGGGUGAUUACAUAUGGAUCGAACCGAUUUCUGGCAAUGAGUUCGACGUGGCCAUCGGGGCGAAGGUGGUUUCGGCCGAAGGAAGGCGAAUCGCGGUCCGAGAUGACGACGGCGAGGAGCACUGGCUGUCUCCAGAUCGCCGAAUUAAGGCAAUGCACGCAACGUCCAUCCACGGCAUGGAAGACAUGAUCGGACUCGGCGACCUCCACGAGGCAGGAAUACUCAGGAACCUACUCAUCAGAUACAACGAAAAUCUCAUUUACACUUACACCGGUUCGAUUCUCGUGGCGGUCAACCCCUACCAAAUCCUCCCUAUUUACACCGCCGAACAAAUCAAGUUGUACAAAGAGCGCAAAAUCGGGGAGCUGCCGCCUCACAUCUUCGCCAUAGGUGACAACUGCUACGGCAACAUGCGCCGGUACGGCCAGGACCAGUGCAUAGUAAUCUCGGGGGAAUCGGGAGCCGGGAAGACCGAAAGCACGAAACUCAUACUCCAAUAUUUGGCAGCCAUCAGCGGGAAACACUCCUGGAUCGAGCAACAAAUCCUGGAAGCCAACCCGAUUUUGGAAGCCUUCGGUAAUGCGAAAACAGUUCGGAACGACAACAGCUCCAGGUUCGGGAAGUACAUAGAUAUACAUUUUAGUCACGGGGGGGUGAUCGAAGGUGCCAAAAUCGAGCAGUAUUUGCUGGAGAAGAGUAGGAUAGUGUCGCAGAACCCCGACGAGAGGAACUACCACAUAUUUUACUGCAUUUUGGCGGGACUGGGGAAGGAAGAGAAGAAGAAACUCGAGCUUGGUGAUGCUAGUCAAUUUAAGUAUCUCACAGGGGACGGCACGCGCUUUAUUGGGUGUGAACACGGCACAUUCGCACAGGGCGGCUGCAUAACGUGCGAAGGCCGCGACGACACAGCCGAAUUCGCCGACAUCCGCAGCGCCAUGAAGGUGCUCCUCUUCUCGGACUCGGAGAUCUGGGACAUCAUGAAACUCCUAGCUGCGCUUUUACAUAUAGGCAACAUCAAAUACAAAGCCACGGUUGUAGAUAACUUAGACGCGACGGAAAUCCCCGAUCACACUAACGUCCACCGGGUGGGACACCUCCUGGGGGUACCCCCUCAACCCCUCAUUGACGCUCUAACCCGAAAGACCCUUUUCGCCCACGGCGAAACCGUAGUGUCGACGCUUUCGAGAGAACAAAGCGUCGACGUCCGCGACGCCUUCGUCAAAGGAAUCUACGGAAGGCUAUUCGUCUACAUAGUCAAAAAAAUCAACGCCGCUAUUUACAGACCGAAAGAGCGACAGCGGAGCUCCAUCGGGGUUUUAGACAUCUUCGGUUUCGAAAAUUUCAACCACAACAGUUUCGAGCAGUUUUGUAUAAACUUCGCCAACGAGAAUCUCCAGCAGUUCUUCGUUAGACACAUCUUCAAACUAGAGCAGGAGGAGUACAACAACGAAGGUAUCAACUGGCAGCACAUCGAGUUCGUGGAUAACCAAGACUCGCUGGAUUUGAUCGCCAUCAAACAAUUAAACAUCAUGGCGCUGAUCGACGAAGAGAGCAAGUUCCCGAAGGGUACGGACCAAACUAUGUUGGCCAAACUGCACAAGACGCACGGCAGCCACCGGAACUACCUCAAGCCGAAGAGCGACAUCAACACCAGCUUCGGGUUGAACCACUUCGCCGGGGUUGUGUUCUACGACACGAGGGGCUUCCUGGAGAAGAACAGAGACACCUUCAGCGGUGAUUUAUUGCAGCUGGUGGCAAUUUCAAAAAACAAGUUCUUACAACAAAUCUUCGCCGACGACAUCGGGAUGGGUUCUGAGACUCGAAAACGAACCCCAACACUAUCCACUCAGUUUAAGAAAAGUCUGGAUUCGUUAAUGCGCACCUUGUCCAACUGCCAACCCUUCUUCAUCCGGUGCAUCAAACCCAACGAGCUCAAGAAACCCAUGAUGUUCGACCGCAACUUGUGUUGCCGCCAGUUGAGGUACUCGGGGAUGAUGGAAACCAUACGAAUCCGUAGAGCUGGGUACCCUAUUAGACACAGCUUCCACGAUUUCGUGGAAAGGUACAGGUUCCUGAUCCCUGGAGUACCUCCGGCUCACCGUACUGAUUGUCGUUCGGCUACUUCCAAGAUCUGUGCUGCGGUACUAGGACGCUCCGAUUAUCAGUUGGGUCACACGAAGGUGUUCCUCAAAGAUGCGCACGAUUUGUUCCUGGAGCAGGAGCGCGAUCGAGUCUUAACGAAGAAGAUUUUGAUUUUGCAGAGGUCGAUUCGUGGAUGGGUGUACAGGAGGCGGUUCUUGAGACUUAGAGCGGCCACCAUGAUCAUCCAGAAGUACUGGAAGGGGUAUAUACAGAGGCAGAGAUAUAAGAGGAUGAGGGUGGGCUACAUGAGGUUGCAAGCUUUGAUUAGAGCCAGGGUGUUGUCGCACAGGUUUAGACACCUCCGAGGACACAUCGUGGGCUUGCAAGCCCACGCCAGAGGGUACCUCGUCCGGAGAGAGUAUGGUCACAAGAUGUGGGCUAUCAUUAAAAUCCAGUCACACGUGAGGAGGAUGAUCGCGCAGAGAAGGUUCAAGAAAAUCAAGUUCGAACGGAAGACACACGUAGAAGCCCUCAGACUGAAGAAAAAGGAAGAACGGGAGCUGAAGGACGCGGGUAAUAAAAGGGCGAAGGAAAUCGCGGAGCAGAAUUACAGGGAGAGGAUGUACGAACUCGAGCGGAAGGAGAUGGAGCUAGAAAUGGAGGAGAGAAGAAGGGUUGAAGUGAAGAAGAAUUUGAUCAACGACGCGGCACGAAAGGCUGAUGAACCAGUGGAUGACUCGAAACUGGUGGAGGCGAUGUUCGACUUUCUCCCGGAUAGUUCGAGUGAGGCCCCCACACCAGGUCGGGAGACUUCGGUAUUCAACGAUCUCCCGUCACAACCCACCGAAGGUGAAGUGAUAAGUCCAAUGCAGACGCAGUCGGAAGACGAAGAGGAUCUGUCGGAGUUCAAGUUCCAGAAGUUCGCGGCGACGUACUUCCAGGGGAACGUGGGGCAUCAAUAUUCGCGGAAACCUCUGAAACACCCCUUGUUGCCUUUACACACACAAGGUGACCAAUUGGCGGCGCAAGCCCUCUGGGUCACGAUUCUACGUUUCACGGGCGACCUCCCCGAACCCCGUUACCACACCAUGGACCGCGACACCACCUCCGUCAUGUCCAAGGUGACGGCAACACUAGGUCGCAACUUCAUCCGCAGCAAGGAGUUCCAAGAAGCCCAAAUGAUGGGUCUGGACCCUGACUCCUUCAUGAAGCAGAAACCCCGCUCUAUUCGAAACAAACUAGUCUCUUUAACCCUCAAAAGAAAGAAUAAGUUAGGCGAAGACGUCCGCCGGAAACUCCAAGACGAAGAAUACACAGCUGACAGUUACCAGUCUUGGUUAGAAUCUCGGCCAACCUCGAACCUCGAAAAAUUACACUUCAUCAUAGGCCACGGCAUCCUUAGAGCCGAAUUAAGGGACGAAGUCUACUGUCAAAUUUGUAAACAACUCACCAACAACCCGUCAAAGUCAUCACAUGCGAGAGGGUGGAUUUUACUAUCUUUGUGUGUGGGGUGCUUCGCCCCCUCAGAAAAGUUUGUCAAUUACUUGAGGGCGUUCAUACGAGAAGGACCCCCAGGGUACGCCCCCUACUGCGAAGACCGUCUUAAACGCACCUUUAAUAAUGGUACGCGCAACCAACCACCCAGCUGGUUGGAGCUACAAGCCACCAAAUCGAAGAAACCCAUCAUGUUGCCCAUUACUUUCAUGGACGGGAAUACUAAGACGCUCCUCGCGGACUCCGCCACCACGGCGCGGGAACUCUGCAACCAACUGUCUGACAAAAUCGGCUUAAAAGACCAGUUCGGGUUCUCGCUUUAUAUAGCUCUGUUUGAUAAAGUCUCCUCCCUUGGUAGUGGGGGCGACCACGUGAUGGACGCCAUCAGCCAAUGCGAACAAUACGCGAAGGAGCAGGGGGCGCAAGAGAGAAACGCCCCUUGGAGGUUAUUCUUCCGGAAGGAGAUUUUCGCGCCGUGGCACGAACCCACUGAAGAUCAAGUCGCUACGAAUUUGAUUUACCAGCAGGUGGUGCGGGGGGUGAAGUUCGGGGAAUAUAGGUGUGAUAAGGAGGAGGAUCUGGCGAUGAUUGCCGCCCAACAAUACUACAUAGAGUUCGAUACGGAUAUGAACGUGGAACGACUGUUGACUUUGUUGCCCAAUUAUAUCCCCGACUACUGUCUCACGGGGGUGGAGAAGGCGGUGGAUCGGUGGGCGGCGCUGGUGGUGCAAGCCUACAAGAAGAGCUACUACGUGAAGGAGAAGGCCGCUAUCUUGAGGGUGAAGGAGGACGUUGUGAGUUACGCGAAGUUCAAAUGGCCUUUACUCUUCUCCAGGUUCUAUGAAGCGUACCGCAACUCCGGCCCGAACCUCCCCAAGAACGACGUCAUCAUCGCCGUGAACUGGACCGGCGUAUACGUCGUCGACGACCAAGAGCAAGUCCUCCUCGAACUCUCCUUCCCCGAGAUCACCACCGUCUCCAGCCAAAAAACCAACAAGGUCUUUACCCAGACCUUCAGCCUCAGCACCGUCCGCGGCGAAGAAUUCACCUUCCAGAGCCCCAACGCCGAGGACAUCCGUGACCUCGUCGUGUAUUUUUUAGAGGGCUUGAAGAAGCGAUCCAAGUUUGUGAUUGCUUUGCAGGACUACAAGGCCCCCGGCGAAGGCUCCAGCUUCCUCACCUUUCAGAAGGGCGACCUCAUCGUGCUGGAAGAGGACAGCACGGGGGAGACCGUCUUAAAUUCUGGCUGGUGUGUGGGAAGGUGUGAGCGCACCCAGGAGAAGGGCGACUUCCCGGCGGAGACCGUGUACGUGCUGCCGUGCAUGUCGAAGCCGCCGACCGACAUCCUGCAGCUGUUCUCGAUCGAAGGGGCGGAGCACGGGCGGCGGCUGAGUCAGCAGUACUCGAUGAACGGAACGGAGUCGAGGGACCGCCCCCACACGCUGGCGGACUACUCGAUUGAUCAUUUCCGACCGCCGAUCAAGCGGACGAUGUCCAAGGCGCUGACGCUGUCGGCGGCGAGGAGGGGCGUGGACGAUUUGUGGCGGCACGCGCGGGAUCCGAUCAAACAACCACUGUUAAAAAAACUCCUCAUGAAGGAGGAGCUGGCGGAGGAGGCGUGUUUCGCGUUCAGCGCGAUUUUGAAGUACAUGGGGGACCUUCCGUCGAAGAGGCCGCGGAUGGGGAAUGAGUACACCGACCACAUCUUCGACGGGCCUCUGAAGCACGAAAUCCUCAGAGACGAGAUUUACUGUCAAGUUAUGAAGCAGCUAACAGAUAAUAGGAAUAGGAUGUCUGAAGAGAGAGGCUGGGAGUUGAUGUGGCUUGCCACCGGGUUGUUCACGUGUUCGCAGAGUCUCCAAAAAGAACUAACAAUGUUUUUGAGGAGCCGGAGGCAUCCCAUCUCUCAAGACUCACUACAAAGGUUACAAAAAACCCUACGAAACGGACAGCGGAAAUAUCCGCCCCACCAAGUCGAAGUCGAAGCCAUCCAACACAAAACCACCCAAAUCUUCCACAAGGUAUACUUCCCCGACGACACCGACGAGGCUUUUGAAGUCGACUCCAGCACCCGAGCGAAAGACUUCUGCCAGAACAUCAGCCAAAGACUCAACUUGCGUUCGAGUGAAGGCUUCAGUCUCUUCGUCAAAAUCGCCGAUAAAGUCAUCAGCGUCCCCGAAGGCGACUUUUUCUUCGACUUCGUCCGCCACCUCACCGACUGGAUUCGCAAAGCCAGACCCACCCGUGACGGCAUCACCCCACAAUUCUCCUACCAAGUCUUCUUCAUGAAGAAACUGUGGACGAACACCGUCCCCGGCAAAGACAAAAACGCCGAUUUAAUCUUCCACUUCCACCAGGAGCUCCCCAAGUUGAUUCGAGGCUACCACAAGUGCACCAAGGAGGAGGCCUCCAAGCUGGCGGCGUUGGUUUACAGGGUGCGGUUUGGCGAGAGCAAACAGGAGUUACAAGCUAUUCCGCAAAUGCUGAGGGAGUUGAUUCCCGCGGAUUUGGUUAAAGUGCAGAGUGCGAACGACUGGAAGAGGGCCAUCGUGGCGGCGUAUAACCAGGACGCGGGGAUGAGCCCCGAGGAUGCGAAGAUUACGUUUUUGAAGAUUGUGUACAGGUGGCCGACUUUUGGGUCGGCGUUCUUUGAGGUGAAGCAGACGACGGACCCGAAUUAUCCGGAGAUGUUGCUCAUCGCGAUCAAUAAGCAUGGGGUUAGCUUGAUUCAUCCGAAUUCAAAGGAGAUCCUGGUGACCCAUCCUUUCACGAGGAUAUCUAACUGGUCUUCGGGCAACACCUACUUCCAUAUGACCAUCGGUAACCUGGUGCGAGGUUCGAAGUUACUCUGCGAGACGUCGCUGGGAUACAAGAUGGACGAUCUUCUCACAUCCUACAUUUCCCUGAUGUUGACGAACAUGAGCAAGCAGAGGAGCAUAAGAAUAAAAUAGGCCGACUCGAAAUUCCGUUUCCCACUGCAAUUACGGCCUGGGAACGGGACCGACUAAUUAAUAUACAGUAGGAAAGUAAUUAUUAAAAAUAAUACCAUUGUUAUCCUUAAAUUCCCACAUUCAUGUAUGAAUAAUCAUGUUUUUGAAGAAAACGAGAUUUGGUCGUGAGAACCGGCUUGAAUGGAUGUGAAAAUCUGCCUUCCUUGUGUCUAGAAUCUCCUUUUGUAAAUACUAUUUAUUUUUUGAUGAGAUACGGUUUAUUGUUGUAGGGUGAAAGAAUACUUGACAUUAUUUAAAUACUUUUAUUUCUACAAAAUAUGCAUAAUGUACAGAUUGUUUAUGUAUGAUUUUUACGUAGAAUAAAACUUAAUGCUACUAAAAA